AUGGGUAACAUUUGCAGUUGCUGCGGGUGCGGCUCCUCGAGAAACGCCAACUACGAGCCUCUCUUGCUUGACAAUGAGCGAGAUGCUGUAGCUGACCUGCUCCAGUACCUUGAAAACCGCUCCGAGACCAACUUCUUCACUGGCGACCCCCUGCGAGCAUUAUCCACCCUCUCGUUCAGCGACAACGUGGAUCUACAGAGGAGCGCAGCGCUCGCCUUUGCCGAGAUCACCGAAAAGGAGGUGCGCGAAGUGGGUCGAGACACGCUCGAGCCCAUCAUGUUCCUGCUGCAGAGCCACGACGUCGAAGUGCAACGAGCUGCCAGCGCUGCUCUCGGCAAUUUGGCCGUCAACGCCGAAAACAAGUUGCUCAUCGUCAAGCUCGGUGGCCUCGAGCCGCUGAUCCGCCAGAUGCUCAGCCCCAACGUCGAAGUGCAGUGCAACGCCGUCGGCUGCAUCACCAACCUCGCCACGCACGACGACAACAAGACCAAGAUCGCCAAGUCGGGUGCCCUGGUGCCUCUCACCCGUCUGGCUCGAUCCAAAGACAUGCGUGUCCAGCGCAACGCUACCGGUGCGCUGCUCAACAUGACACAUAGCGACGAGAACCGACAGCAGCUCGUCAAUGCUGGCGCCAUCCCGGUCCUCGUUGGCUUGCUCGGCAGCUCGGACACCGACGUCCAGUACUACUGCACCACCGCCCUCAGCAACAUUGCCGUCGACGCUGCCAACCGCAAGAAGCUCGCCCAGACCGAACCUCGUCUGGUUCAGAACUUGAUCGGACUGAUGGAGAGCAGCUCGCUCAAGGUGCAGUGCCAGUCGGCGCUGGCGCUGCGUAACUUGGCUUCGGACGAAAAGUAUCAGAUCGAGAUUGUGCGGUCCAACGGUCUGCCUCCGCUGCUGCGAUUGCUGCGAUCGUCGUUCUUGCCUCUCAUCCUGUCCGCUGCCGCGUGCGUGCGCAAUGUCUCGAUUCACCCUGCCAACGAGUCGCCGAUCAUCGACGCCGGCUUCCUGCAUCCGCUCAUCGACCUGCUCAGCCACGAGGACAACGAGGAGAUCCAGUGCCACGCCAUCUCGACGCUGCGCAACCUGGCCGCGUCGAGCGAGCGCAACAAGACGGCCAUUGUCGAGGCGGGUGCCGUGGAGCGCAUCAAGGAGUUGGUGCUCAACGUGCCCUUGAGCGUGCAGAGCGAGAUGACGGCGUGCGCGGCUGUGCUGGCGCUGUCGGAGGACUUGAAGCCACAGCUGCUCGAGAUGGGCAUCUGCGAAGUGCUCAUUCCGCUGACGGCUUCGCCUUCGGUCGAAGUGCAGGGCAACUCGGCGGCAGCGCUGGGCAACCUGUCGUCGAAAUCGGACGAUUACGGGCCGUUCAACGCUGUGUGGUCGCAGCCGGAGGGCGGACUGCACGGCUACUUGAUCCGCUUCCUCGAAUCGCAGGACUCGACGUUCCAGCACAUUGCCGUGUGGACGAUUGUGCAGCUGCUCGAGUCGGGCGAUGCGCAGUUGGAGGAGAACAUUCGCAGCUCGGACCAGCUGCUGCCGUUGAUCCAGCACCUGGCGUCUUUGUCGGCGGACCAGAGUGGCGAGGAGGAGAGGACCGAGGGUGGCGGGUCUGACGACGGUACGUCGGCGGAGGGUGAGAUCAGUUCGUUGGCUAGGCGCAUUCAGGAGAUGAUUCUGGAGCCUCAGCAGUGA